CGAGGUUGCAGUCAGGCAAUUCCCCUGAGACGCCCCGCUUGAAAUACCCAAUGGUCCGAUGGCAGCGGAUAGUACCGCCAGGGUCCGAAGCAGAUUUGCCAGGAUUCUCUGCUCAGACUUCGAGGGAACGAGCCUAGCGUUCACGGUUGCUCUUAAAUCAUAGGAAUGGCUAGAAAUACAAAUGAAUCCCACGCAUUCACACGGCCGUAGCUUUCAGCUCAAGCCCAUGCCAAGCCUCGAUUGAGAUCUUGAAAAUGCUUAUCCUGGCCCCAUUUACUCUAUUAGUGGCGACGGCCGCCGCCUUGCAGAACCCUCAUCGAAAGGCCCCCUCUGUCAAACUCCCUACCAGCUCUCUUCACAAAAGAAGCAGUGCGGUCAAGUUGGGGCAUCAGUAUUUGAACAACAAUACACAGAAGUACCUUGUCGAUGGGGCGCACUUCCCCCAGGUCCCAUUUGAUAUCGGCGAAAGUUAUGCAGGCCUCUUGUCGAAUGCUCCUCACGGGGAGUCCAGCCUGUUCUUCUGGUUCUUCCCUUCUACCAAUCCAGAUGCGAAAAAAGAGAUAACGAUCUGGCUUAAUGGAGGUCCUGGCUGUAGCUCUCUGGAUGGCUUACUGCAAGAGAAUGGACCGUUUCUCUGGCAGUCAGGGACAUAUGCGCCCGUCAGAAACCCCUACUCAUGGUCCAAUUUGACCAACAUCGUUUACAUCGACCAACCUGCCGGUACUGGACUAUCCCCUGGACCGGCUACCGUUCAGAACGAGAUCGAUGUGUCAAACCAAUUCAACGAUUUCUGGAAGAGAUUUAUUCAAACUUUUAGUAUGCAAGGAUAUAAGAUAUACAUUACUGGUGAAAGUUAUGCGGGGCAAUAUAUCCCAUAUCUUGCUUCCGGCAUGCUGGAUCAGAAUGAUACAACUCAUUUUAACCUGAAGGGCAUACAAAUCAAUGAUCCGUCCAUCAACGAGGAUAAUGUCAUGAUUUACGCUCCUGCCGUCCCUGCGCUUAACCAUUUCUCCACCGUCUUUUCGCUUAACGAUACUUUCAUGACGGAAAUCAACAAGCGCGCAGAUGAGUGUGGCUACAAUCAGUUCCUUGAUAAAGCGUUGACCUUUCCCCCGCCUAAAGACUUCCCAACCGCACCGGAUCCCAGUCAACAUGGAUGUGACGUUUGGGAUCAGAUUAUCAAAGCAGCUACCUACAUUAACCCGUGCUUCAACAUCUAUCACCUAACAGACUUCUGCCCGUUCUUGUGGGAUGAAAUGGGUUUCCCGUCCCUAGCCGGCGGCCCAAAUAACUACUUCAACCAGUCCGCGGUCCAGAAAGCCUUGCACAUUCCCCCUACCAACUACGCUGUCUGUGGUGGAAACAUUUUCCCCAACGGUGAUGGAUCAGCCCCUAGUGCACUCGGUCCGCUUCCCAGUGUGAUUGAGCGCACUAAUAAUGUCCUCAUUGGUCAUGGUUGGUACGAUUAUCUACUGUUUUUGAACGGGACCCUGGCAACCAUCCAGAACAUGACAUGGAAUGGACAUCAGGGCUUCCAAAAGCCUCCGGUUGAGCCACUGCUGGUUCCAUACACAGAUGCCUUGAACGCGAUCGCAAAUGGCAACGGACAGACGCCUUUUACUGCCGAUGCGGGGGCCGGCAUUCUGGGGACAGCUCAUACCGAACGCGGAUUAACGUUCAGCACUGUAUAUGGAUCUGGACACGAGAUUCCGCAGUAUACCCCCGGUGCUGCUUAUAGGCAACUUGAGUUUUUACUUGGCCGGAUCAAAAGUCUGCAGGACGGGGGUCCUUUCACUACCAAGUGAGAAAUUGACGUUUUUGGGCAACCCCAUGCCGUUGAUUGCACGUUGGCGAGAGCGUUAAUAAGAUGCUGCGAAGAGCAGACUGCGACCUUGUUGGACCAACUUGAAUGAUGCAAAACCCACCUCUGGUGAUAAGAUCAUCUCUUUAUAUUGAACAUACAUAGAUCAAUCGAUUGAAGCAGACAAGCAAUUUUUUGUAUCCGAGAAUUUUCAUUGUGAGUGAUGAUAGCUAUAAUUCAAUUGUGAUCAAUUCCCG